AUGUAUGCGAAAAUUGAAACGGAACGUUUAAAUUACCUCAGAUUUAAUCAGCAAAAAUUGCGCCGUGAAGAAUAUAUUCAUUUACGUGAUGCUGUCCACAAUGAUGGAAAUUUAAAUGAUAUUGGCCAAUUAGUUAUUUUGCCAUCAUCACACAUCGGUAGCCCACGUCACAUGCAUGAAUACGCCCAGGAUGGUAUGACUUAUGUACGACGUGAUGGUCGGCCAGAUUUAUUUAUAACAUAUACUUGCAAUCCGCAAUGGAAAGAAAUAAGAGACCAUUUGCUUUUAGGGCAAAGACCGAUUGAUCGACAUGAUAUAACAGCGCGUGUGUUUAGACAAAAGCUAAGAUCGUUAAUGGAUUUUAUUGUGAAACAUAAAGUUUUUGGUGGUGUUCGUUGCUGGAUGUACUCUAUUGAAUGGCAAAAGAGAGGUUUGCCUCAUGCCCAUAUUUUGAUAUGGUUUGUCACAAAAAUCACAACAGAUCAAAUUGAUAUUGUUGUAUCUGCUGAAAUUCCGGAUAAAACCCUUGACCCUGAAUUGUUUGAAAUUGUGACUAAGAACAUGAUCCAUGGACCAUGUGGCGUUUUAAACCCUCAAUCACAGUGUAUGAUUGAUGGCAAUUGUUCUAAGCGAUUUCCUAAAGAAUUGGUUCAACAAACAAUCACUGGUCAUGACGGUUAUCCAUUAUAUCGUCGUCGCGCAAUAAAUGACAGUGGACAAUCAUUUCGUUUGAGAGUUAAUAAUCAAGAAAUCGAAAUUGAUAAUCGUUGGAUUGUACCAUAUUCGCCUCUGUUGUCUAAAACAUUUAAGGCGCAUAUAAAUGUUGAAAUUUGUAAUUCUGUAAAAUCUAUAAAAUAUAUUUGUAAAUAUAUAAACAAGGGGAGCGAUAUGGCCGUUUUUGGUGUUCCAAAUCAGAACAAAAAUGAUGAAAUUGAUCAAUAUCAAAUGGGCAGAUAUAUUAGUAGUAAUGAAGCAGUAUGGCAUAUUUUUUCAUUUCCGAUUCAUGAUAGGUAUCCAACUGUUCUUCAUUUGUCUGUCCAUCUUGAAAAUGGGCAACGAGUCUAUUACACUCCUGAAAAUGCGGAAGUAAGAGCAGAAAGCCCACCGGAAACAACAUUAACCGCAUUUUUUAAUUUAAGUUCAUCUGAUCAAUUUGCAAGAACAUUAUUAUAUUCAGAGGUUCCUCAAUAUUAUACCUGGCAAGCAUCAAAUAAAAAUUUUCAAAAACGUAAACAAGGAAAUCGAGUUGAUGGUCACAUUGAUAUAUUUCAAACGGAUGCUAUUGGCCGCAUUUAUACGGUCCAUCCAAAUACUGAGGAAUGUUAUUUUUUGCGUUUACUAUUAAUAAAUGUUCGUGGGCCAACAUCUUUUGCAGAUUUACGAACAGUUGAUGGGUAUUUAUGUCCUACAUAUCGUGAAGCAUGCCGGCGUUUAAAUUUACUGGAAGAUGACCAACAUUGGAAUAAUACAUUACAAGAUGCUGCUCUUGCGGCAAAUCCAUAUCAAAUGCGUACUUUAUUUGCAAUUAUAAUAUCUGCAUGUAGUCCGUCGAAUCCACGAGAGCUAUGGGCAAAUCAUUGUGAUCAUUUGUCAGAAGAUAUUUUACAUACAGUUCGUCGUCUAAGAAUGAAUCCACAAUUGGAUUUUACACCAGAAAUUCAUAACGAAGCAUUAAUUAUGAUUGAAGAUUUGUGUUUAGCAAUGUCAAAUAAACUUCUAUCACAAGUAGGUAUGAUUUCACCUGAUCGUGCAAUGCAUGGCACUUUCAAUUUGGAUUUAGAUCGUGAACGAAAUUAUGAUGCAAAUACAUUAGAUCAAUAUGUUCAAAGAAAUGUUCCAUUAUUGAAUGAAAAACAAAAGGAAGCUUACUUUAAAAUCAUGGACGAAGUUAGUGCUGGAAAUGGUGGAUUUUAUUUUUUGGAUGCUCCUGGUGGAACCGGUAAAACAUUUUUACUAUCAUUGUUUUUGGCUGCUGUGAGAAUGAACAAAGACAUAGCGUUAGCGCUUGCAUCGUCUGGAAUUGCAGCAACAUUAUUGGAUGGUGGUCGAACAGCUCAUUCGGCUCUAAAAUUGCCUUUAAAUGUUCAUAUUUUGGAAUUGCCAACAUGUAACAUUUCAAAGAGAUCCGGAAUGGCAAAAGUAUUGCAGCAGUGUAAACUUAUUAUCUGGGACGAAUGUACCAUGGCGCACAAAAAAUCUUUAGAAGCAUUCAAUCGUACAUUACAAGAUUUGAGAGGUAAUAAUCGUCUUUUUGGUGGUGCAUUGGUGUUAUUUGCUGGAGAUUUCAGGCAAACACUCCCGGUUAUUCCUCGAUCUACUGCUGCUGACGAAUUAAAUGCUAGCUUGAAAUCUUCAACAUUGUGGAAGUAUGUGAAAACACUUUCUCUCAACGAAAAUGUAAGAGUGUUAUUGCAAAAUGAUCCAACAGCGGCAGAAUUUUCCAAGCAAUUAUUGAAAAUUGGAAAUGGUGAACUGCCUCUUGAUAUUGAUGGUCAAAUAACAUUCCCAAAUAAUUUUUGUUCGUUAUCAGAAUCGAAUGCUGCGCUAAUACAAAGUGUGUUUCCUAAUAUUGUAAAUAAUUAUCAAAACUAUGAUUGGUUAAGUCAAAGAUGUAUAUUGGCAUGUACAAAUAAGGAUGUUAUAAGUAUCAAUGAGGAAAUUCUGAACAAAAUACCAGGUGAAAUUGUAAUUUACAAAUCUAUCGAUACCGUCACGAAUCCGGAUGAAGUCGUAAACUAUCCAACUGAAUUUUUAAAUUCAUUGGAUCUACCAGGAAUUCCACCACAUUAUUUGAAAUUAAAAGUUGGUAUUCCAAUUAUUAUGCUGAGAAAUCUUAAUCAUCCAAGAUUAUGCAAUGGCACCAGAUUGGUAGUGAAACGUUUAAUGAAAAAUCUAAUAGAAGCAACAAUUUUAACUGGUAAAUUUAAGGGCGAACAUGUUUUAAUACCACGAAUACCAAUGAUUCCAUCUGAUUUGGCUUUUGAAUUUAAGCGUUUGCAGUUGCCUGUUCGUGUCGCUUUUGGUAUGACCGUUAAUAAAUCUCAAGGCCAAACCCUUGAAAUCUGUGGUAUACAUUUGGAACAUCCAGUUUUCUCCCAUGGUCAACUUUAUGUUGGUUGUUCACGUGUUGCAAUAAAAGUUGCUCAUACGCCACCGUGA